UUCCAUCCCAAUUGAGGUGUCCAUCUGAUCAAUCUGUCCGCCCUUUCUCCCUGACCUCUGUGUACUCGUCUUAUUUGGAUUAUUCCCUUCUACAAGUCCCUCCUCUUCACUGCUCACUAUCCCCGCCAUCAUGUCCGGUGUUCCCGUCCCCUUCAGCGACAUCGCUAAGCCAGCGAACGACCUCCUCAACAAGGACUUCUACCACACCACCGCGGCCAACCUCGAGGUCAAGUCCAAAGCCCCCAACGGCGUCACCUUCAACGUCAAGGGAAAAUCUGCCCACGAUGGACCCAUCUCUGGCUCGAUUGAAGGGAAAUACUCCGACAAGGCUGCCGGCCUCACCAUCACAAACACCUGGACCACGGCGAACAGCCUAGACUUCAAGGUCGAGCUCGAGGACAACCUGACCAAGGGCCUCAAGGCCGAGGUCCUGUCCAACUACCUCCCCGCCAAGAGCACGUACGGCGGCAAGCUCAACCUGUUCUACAAGCAGCCCAACAUCCACACGCGCCUGUUCACCGACCUGUUCAAGGGCCCCACCGCCACCUUCGACGUCACGCUCGGCCACGAGGGCUUCCUCAUCGGCGCCGAGGGAGGCUACGACGUCGGCAAGGCCGCCAUCACCCGCUACGCCCUCGCCGCCGGUUACUCGCAGGGCAGCUACGCCGCCGCCGUCACCUCGACCAACAACCUGAGCGUCUUCAGCGCGAGCUACUACCACAAGGUCAACACCGAGGUCGAGGCCGGCGCCAAGGCCACCUGGGACUCGACCGCAGGUAGCAACGUCGGUCUGGAGGUUGCGACCAAGUACAAGCUCGACCCAAGCUCGUUCGCCAAGGCCAAGAUCAACGACCGCGGUAUCGCCGCCCUCGCGUACAACGUCAAGCUCGGCACCGGCGUCACUCUCGGUCUCGGCGCCAGCCUCGACACCCAGAACCUCAACCAAGCCGCGCACAAGGUGGGUGCCUCCUUCACCUUUGAAGGAUAAAGGAAACGUCACCCACCACCAUUACCCCGUGUCUUCGAGGCGGGAUACGGCAGCGGUCCGCGGCUUUGAGAUUGUACAGAAACUAAAGACCGGCGACGGAAGGGGGAAGAAAGCAUAGAACAAGGGGAACAAGGAAAUGUGUCCAAUAUUUUUUUGAUCUGCGCGUACCAUUCGAGGUUCGAACGGGGAAUGAAAGGGCUUGUUGUCAUCCUUUUCAAUGCAACGCAUCCAUGAGACCAACUAGUCGCAAAGAAUGUAGUAAAUUUCUCUCCUUCCUCUA